AUGCUGCCGCAGCCGGAGCAGAUGCCGCCGCCGGAGAAGGAGAUGUUACAGACGAAGGAGGCGCUGCUGUCGGAGGAGGAGGAGGAGAAGAGCUUGAAACGGACCACAGAAAUUCGUGCAAAAGCUACAAAUCAGGACUUGCUCUCCCCUGUCCCUGUCACAGAGAGCCAGACGCAGGCGCUGCUCCCGAAGGCGGCUGUACAGGAUCCACAGAAGGCGGCGGCGCUCAUGCCGGAGACGCCGGAGACGCUGCUGCAGGCGCAGGAGGCGCCGCAGAGAGGCCUUCUCGCCCAGUCUGGAGAGGCAGCCAAAGCAGGCAUGGGUUCCCACUGUGCCAAGCUAGGCACAGGCCACAGCCGGGGCCACGAAUCCUCCAUGAAGAAGCUCGUGGCCUGCGUGAGUCAAGAUAACUUCUCCUUGUCCUCAGAGGGUGAGGAAGAGGAGGAGGGAGAAGAGGAGGAGGAGGAGGAGGAGGAGGAGGAAGAGGAAGAGGAGCUCCCAGUACAGGGCAAACUGCUGCUGAUGGAGCCUGAGAGGCAGGAGGAGGGCGCUGAAGACGACCCUGUGGCCCAGCAGAGCCCCGAGCCCAAGCAGACGCACUCCUGA